ACUCAGUUGUAGCUGUCGCACAAAGCUAGCAUAACCUAAACUGCGUAAUACAUGAUGUCGCGGAGCAGCAAGUGAAGUUGCAGUGUAACUGCUACACAAGGAUCUUACUAAAAGCAUAAUUUCAAAGUUGCAAUGUGAUAACUAUUUUUCUAAUCUGUGUGGCAGUGAGAAUUCUUCUUACAAUGGACAACCGUCUGUUAGCUACCAGACGAAGUUUGCAACAUAACGAUUAGAUUCUUUUUCUAGGUAGCUAGCUAAACGACCCGAGGAUAAUCUGUACAUACAGAUGUAAACAUGGCAGAGUCAUCGCCAUUAUCGGGGGUUAAUGUUGUUCUGGUCAUGGCUUAUGGAAGCUUGGUGUUUGUGCUACUGUUUAUCUUCGUCAAAAGGCAAAUCAUGCGUUUUGCAAUGAGAUCCCGCCGAGGACCCCAUGCACCUAUUGGCCACAAUGCUCCUAAGGGUUUGAGAGAGGAAAUCGACUCCAGGCUGGCCAAGGUCCAGGAGAUCCGUUUUGAACCUCGUCUCCUAUCAGAAGAAGAUGACAGGCUGAAGCAGGGAUCACAGAUUAGUUGCUUCAACUACCUGUACAGAAUGAAAGCUCUGGAUGCCAUCCGUGACUCAGGAAUUCCUCUGCAGGAGAUUAGUUGCAGUCCCAGUGCAUUUACUGGGCGCAACAACUCCCACUCUCUGAUCAAGAGUAGCCACAGCACACUCAUUGACCGUUUGCUUGAAGGCUAUGACAGUGCUCGCCAUGGGACUGGGGUGUUUGGGGAAGCUGAGUUUCUUGAAUACCAGCAAGCUCUCAGUGAACUGGCUGAUGUGGUGAAGGCUUAUUCCAGCACCACCAGCCUGGACCAGCAUCACCAGUCUGCAGCCAAAGAUCUGACAGGCUCACCUGUCCGGAGCACUCCCUCUACCAUCCAGGUCACCUACUUGCCCUCCACUGGCCAACGCAGCAAGAGGCCUAAACACUUUCUGGAGCUCAAAAGUUUCAAAGACAACUACAACACACUGGAGAGCACCCUGUAAAUCAGUGCUUUUAUGGACCGAUUGUCAGAAAAUGUUUUUAUGGCAAGUGAGCAUGUGUACAUGAGUUAAACAAUCUAUUGGGAAACAGAUGUUUUUCAAGUUCAGUAUUCCACAUUCACAAAUUAAGUUUGGGAAACGUCUUUAUACACUAUGUUCAGUUAUUAAAGUGUGUAGUGUUGAGUUGUCAUACAUGGUAUUUUCAAGUUAUUUAAAAGAAACUUGUAGAAAAAACUUUAAAAGUCACAAUGUGUCUUCGUCUUCUCAAUAUGUGCACGUUACACCAAAGCCUUUGUUCUUAUUGUGGACCUAGCGUGUGUGUUCAGAGGACAAAUAUGAUUGUAGCCAACUUGGCAGGGAUUUCAUUGUCAUUUUUGUAAUAACAGCGAAGUUAAUGGCAAAUCACCUGUAUUCAUAUUUAUUUUUUCCAAAUGUAAAUAUGAAUGAACCAUUGUGUGUUUUUACAGAUGUAAGAUAUUUAUGUGGACAAUGAUAAUGCAUUUAAUUAAUAGUGUGAUUUGUACUUGUGAGUUUUAUACAUCUGUGGUUUGAGAUAAAAACAUUACAACCUAGUUCUUCAGUCCUCUUAAUAUCUCCACUAGGUGGCAGUACAAAGAUGCAACAACAUCAGAUAAGUUAGGUUUCUAAAAAAUCCACAAGCACAAUAAAUGAGGCAG